CCAAUCUCCAACCAUGCCGAUCUGGUGUUGAAGAUCACCACCUCAAACUCGUGUCAGUCGACUAUCUUCCCACGUGUCAGGAAAGAAACAUAAGGACUUGCUAUGCUAAUCUAAAGUGCACGACGUGUGAGCUCCUGGGUUACAUUUUUAUCCAACUGAAGCUCAAAGCUUACCAGAAGGCACCACGUUGCAUGGAUCUACCGAACACUUGUCGUUCUCCAUGCAAUGACGGCCAUGCUCGAUCUUCCCAAUCCCAUCACCGCCAUGGCUUCUUUAUUACCAACUCCAAGGGAUCGAGCCAAAACACGAAAACCUGCAGAGACUACAAGGAGCAGCAGAAAGCCAGAAACUAAAACAAUCUACCAUUGUUAAUUUCAAUCAGUUUUACUUUGGAGAUAAGAUAGAGGUUGUUGAGAUAUGUCUUCUGAGCAACUGAGGAGGGAGAAUGUGGCGCCCGACAGGGAAGUUCACGUCGAGAAAGACAAGGUGCCCAAGAUGACCAGCCACUACGAGUCACUCACCGUGCAGGUGCAAGACGCCGGCGGCAAAGACACGCCUGCGGACACCACCAAGGAGUCGCACGACGAGAAAGAGAGGAAGGGAAGUACCAUCGGGGACCUGGGGACGGGAAAAUCCAGAGAGACUCACGAGCUCGGGAGUCACAAGCUGGAGGAGGAGAAUGCUGAGAAGCAGAGAGACAAGGUGCCCAAGAUGACCAGCCACUUCGAGUCGCUCACCGUGCAUGUGCAAGACGCCGGCGGCAAAGACACGCCUGCGGACACCACCAAGGAGUCGCACGACGAGAAAGAGAGGAAGGGAAGCACCAUCGGGGACCUGGGGACGGGAAAAUCCAGGGAGACUCACGAGCUCGGGAGUCACAGGCUGGAGGAGGAGAAUGCUGAGAAGCAGAGAGACAAGGUGCCCAAGAUGACCAGCCACUUCGAGUCGCUCACCGUGCAUGUGCAAGACGCCGGCGGCAAAGACACGCCUGCGGACACCACCAAGGAGUCGCACGACGAGAAAGAGAGGAAGGGAAGCACCAUCGGGGACCUGGGGAUGGGAAAAUCCAGAGAGACUCACGAGCUCGGGAGUCACAGGCUGGAGGAGGAGAAUGCUGAGAAGCAGAGAGACAAGGUGAGGGAGGAGAAUGCAGAUAGCGCUAGAACGGCCAAUAUGGUCGCGGACAAAGAGGCUGAGGAGAAACGAGGGAGGGAGCGCGGUGGUCAUGGAGUAGCAAAGUUUGAGGUUCAAGAAAGUGGUGAAGGUCAAAAGCAGGGAGCUAGAGGAGAGGGUAGAGAGGAAAUGAUUGUUGUGAGUGAAGGGAAGGAGGGUUCAAGGGUUAGAGAAGGUAGGAGUCAAAUGGAAGGCACAAACAUGAACAUAAUAUGCAGAGAGAGCAAGAGUGGAGUUCAAGGUGUCGGAAAAGUCGAAGUGAUGAGGGCUGGGGAAGAGAAGGGAAGAGAGGGUGAAGGUAGACAGCAAAUGAUGGGCGAAGGAGAGGCUAUGGCACAAGAGAAGGGAAUGGACACGGAGAUGAUGAGAAUCAAAGAGGAAAUGCAGACCAAUGCGAACAAGCAGCAGCAACAACAACAACCAUCUCUUGAAGAAGUUUCAGCAUUCAGACAAACAGCACAGCAGAACUCCAUGGAGGCAAUUAGGGCUGCAGAAGAGCGAUAUCAGAAGGCCAAAGAGACUGCCAGUCAGACACUCGAAACUACAACCGAGAAGGUCAAGGAAACAGCGCUGAAAGCCAAAGAAACUGCGAGCCAGACACUCGGAACUGCAGCUCAAAAGGAUAAAGUAGCAACUGAAAAAACUAAAGAAACUGCAAGCCAAAGUCUCGGUGCUGCAGCCCAGAAAACAAAAGAAACUGCCAGUACUGCUACCCAGAAGGCUAAAGAAAUAUCAAGCCAGACACUUGGCACUGCAACUGAGAAAGGAGCACAAGUGAAAGACAGAGCAUUAGAGAAAGGCCAACAAGGAAUAUAUGCAGAAAAAGAUACUCUAUCAAGUGCAGGAAAGAAAACGGCGGAGUAUACAGUGCCAUUGGCAGAGAAAACUAAAGACAUGGCCGUAUCUGCAGGGAAAACCACUCUGCAUUAUGUUGGUGAUGUGGCGGUGGAUUUGAAGGACAAAGCGAUUGUGGCUGGUUGGACUGCAGCGCACUACACAACUGAGGCAGCAGUGGAGGGAACCAAAACAGCUGCAAGAGUAGUUGCAGGAGCAGCGGAGUAUGCUGGUCAUAAGGUUGUAGAUAUUGUGUCAAAGCCUUUGAGUGUUGCUAAAGAUGCUGCUGUGGUCACUGAUGUAAAAGCUGAGGAGUUCACUGCUCGCAAGAAGGAAAAGGCACAGCGUGAAUAUGAAGCCAAGAAAGCAGCUGAAGCAAGUAGGCCCAAGGGUUCUGAGACUACUUAUCAAGGAGAAGAAUUCAAAGGCGGGGAGAGGGUACGUGAGCAGAUGCACAGAGAAGGUGGAAGACCAACUGAAAAAACCAGCCAAGAGACUGCUCAAUUUCUAGGGGAGGGAGCACAAGAGGGCGGUACCGGGGUGCUUGGUUCGAUUGGGGGUACUCUGGGUGUGGUACCGGGAGCUGUUGGUGAGACAUUAGUUGAGAUAGCUGAGAGCACUAAAAACUUGGUUGUUGGGCAGGGCGAAAGUUUAAUUGGUGAGGAAGGCCAGGAGGGGUGGAGCACUAAUCCACAACAAGGAGAGCAGCAGUGGAGCACAGAUGCUCAGCAAGGCAAGCAGAGCGGCACUUUAAGUGGCAUACCGGGUGCCGUUGGAGAAACUUUGAUUGAGAUAGCUCAGACUGCAAAAGACAACAUUGUUGGGCGGGGCCAAAGUGCAGAGGUAAGUGUUGAAAAAGAACAGAGCUCAUCUGGUCAGCAGCAAGGAUCGGGUUCAAUACCGCGCGCUGUUGGGGAGACUGGUAGGAAUAGCUCAGACGACAAAAGACAAUGUUGACAAUAUUGCUGGGCUUAGGCAGAGACAGGGACAGACAAGAACCGAUCAGUAGCAGGGAUGGAAGCCGAGACCAGAAGACAACUAUGGAAGAUGGAACCAGCACAAUGAAGUGGCGAUGUAGUCUGAAAUAAUGCAAGAUCAACUCUGUGUUUUGGAAGUUUGGUGUAUAUACAUGGUUGAUAGCAGACAUGUUUUGGUUUGUAAUUUCACUAUUUCAGUAUGUCAGUUCGGAUGUUGCUGGUGGUGAACUGGUGAUUGUAUAAUAAAACCGGGUCUUUUGCUUAUGCAUCUACUUGUUCAUGUACGCAUGUCUUUUUUAUGAAUUCAA